CCGGAAGGUCAGCGUGUGAAGGUGGCAGUAGCAACGCGGGUCUUCCCGCUGUUGCUGUGGGGACCACGGCCGAGCACACAACGCCGGCCUGAGGUGGUAGUGGGAAGCCCACCGCAGUUUGCUGCGACGUCAUGGAGGGUGGCGGGGGAAGUGGCAACAAAACCACCGGCGGGUUGGCCGGCUUCUUCGGAGCGGGAGGAGCGGGUUACUCGCACGCUGAUUUGGCCGGCGUUCCGCUAACUGGUAUGAACCCCCUGUCUCCGUAUUUAAAUGUGGAUCCACGCUAUCUUGUUCAGGAUACUGAUGAGUUCAUUUUGCCAACUGGCGCUAACAAAACCCGAGGCCGAUUUGAGCUAGCUUUCUUUACCAUUGGAGGAUGUUGCAUGACAGGGGCUGCAUUUGGGGCGAUGAACGGUCUUCGGCUAGGAUUGAAGGAAACCCAGAGCAUGGCCUGGUCCAAACCAAGAAAUGUACAGAUUUUGAAUAUGGUGACUAGGCAAGGGGCACUUUGGGCUAAUACUCUAGGUUCCCUGGCCUUGCUCUAUAGUGCAUUUGGUGUUAUCAUUGAGAAAACACGGGGUGCAGAAGAUGACCUCAACACAAUAGCAGCCGGAACCAUGACGGGAAUGUUGUAUAAAUGUACAGGUGGUCUUCGAGGAAUGGCACGCGGUGGCCUGGCAGGACUGACACUCACCAGUCUCUAUGCGCUGUAUCACAACUGGGAGCACAUGAAAGGGUCCCUGCUCCAACAAUCACUCUGAAGACCUUGCCACCUCAGGAUCCGGGGGACAUUUCACAGUCAUCCAGACAGACUAAUAAGUCAGUCUGGAGUAGCUUUCUCUCUUGUACUACAAUUACUUUGAACAAUUGGAGACUCUGAUUUGCUGUGACAAAGAUCAUGGAUGGUUAGCCUGGACUGCACUGCGUGCCCUUAGUGAGUGGAAGCCAAACCCUUUGGUGGCUCACUGAGUAUGUGUUCUCCUUUGGAGAUGGUCUUACACCUGUUUCUCUCCUGCCCCCAAAUUGGAAAGCCACUUACUCUCCAAAUUCAGGCUGUACUUAUUUUCAGUGCUUUUAUCACCAUGUUUAUCAGUUAAAAAUCUAAAGCGAAUGUUGCCCUGUAUUCCAAAUAAAAGGUGAAAAUAGAACCAAAGUCAUAAUUGUGAAAGGAGAUGGCUUAUUGGGUAAAUCACUUGCUGCACAAGUGUGAAGACCUGAGUUUGGAUCCCCAGUAGGUCUGGCAGCCUGCCUAUGACCUACCCCAGUGCUCAGGAGGCAGUGACAGGAUCCUUGGAACAAGCUGACUAGCUAGGUUCAAGUGAGAUUUGGCUCCUGGUACCUAAGGUAAAGAGUACCUGAGAAAAACCCUACUGUUGACAUCUGGCAAGAGAACACACGUGCACAGAUAACUGCUGGAGUCUAAAGCGACAGCCUUUUUUUCCUGCUAGAAUUGGCCCAAAACAACGUGUCUUUGUGUUUCUGGUGAAAUGAAGGACUACUGACAGCUAAAAUGAGAUUUUUCUCCCAAGGGCUACUGACAGCUAAAAUGAGAUUUUUCUCCCAACCUAGCUGACAUUAAACAACCUCAAGAUACUUUAAGUUAAUCAUUAGAGUUGUGGUAUGCUAGAAAGAACACUCUGUCCCAACAGCUGACCUUCACUCUAUAUGGUAACUCUUGGGGAAUAAAUAAGGGCUGGAAGGUUUCUAAGAAGCCUGGGAAAACUAAAGUGGAAAAGUGACAACCACAUAACUGUGCUGCAGGGUACAUACCGUGAUAAAUUACUAAGUAACCUCUGGCUACAUGGUUGAGAAAAAUACACUAGGACCUUUUUU